AAGCUGACUGUUCUAUGACGUCAUUUUCCGCAAAAUUCUCCCGCAUUUAGACAUUUUUGUUUUAAUAGUAAACAUGAGUCUUUGGGUAGACAAGCACCGUCCUAACUCUUUACAUAAGCUUGAUUAUCAUAAGAGUCAAGCUCAGCAUUUGAAAAAGCUUGUUGCAGGAGGUGAUUUUCCCCACUUGUUAGUGUAUGGACCUUCUGGAGCUGGCAAGAAGACUCGCAUUAUGUGUGUAUUGAAGGAAUUGUAUGGAUCAGGAGUGGAAAAACUAAGAAUAGAGCAACAUCAUUUUACAACACCUUCAAAGAAAAAAUUGGAGAUUUCCACAAUAUCAAGCAAUUAUCACAUCGAAGUUAACCCCAGUGAUGUGGGCAACAAUGAUCGUGUAGUGAUACAAGAAUUGAUUAAAACAGUUGCACAGGUCAAUCAGCUUGAAACAUCUGCACAAAGGGACUUUAAAGUUGUUGUGUUAACUGAGGUUGACAGACUGACAAAGGAUGCACAGCAUGCACUACGUCGCACUAUGGAGAAAUACAUGGCAACUUGUCGUCUUAUCUUGUGCUGUAACUCCACAAGUAAAGUCAUACCAGCUAUAAAGAGCAGAUGUCUAGGAAUACGAGUUCCAGCUCCUUCUGUAGAUGAGGUAUGUCAGGUUCUACAGUCUGUGUGUAAGAAGGAAGGCCUAAGUUUGCCACUAGAGCUUGCCAAGAGAAUAGCUGAGAAAAGUAACCGUAAUCUUCGACGUGCAUUGCUCAUGUGUGAGGCAUGCAGAGUUCAACAAUACCCAUUUAGUGCUGACCAGACAGUAAGUGAGCCAGAUUGGGAGGUGUAUCUGAGAGAUACUGCCAAUAUGAUAGUUCAGCAACAGAGCCCUAAAAGAUUGUUUGAAGUGCGAGGUCGACUGUAUGAACUGCUGACACAUUGCAUUCCUGCUGAUGUUAUAAUGAAGGGUUUGCUACAGAACUUGAUCAAUAGUUGUGACGGGGAGUUGAAAACCGAGGUUAGCCAGACAGCAGCGUACUACGAACAUAGACUUCAGUUAGGACAGAAAGCAAUCUACCAUUUAGAGGCAUUUGUGGCUAAAUUUAUGGCGAUUUAUAAACGAUUCCUUGAAGAAGGCAUAGCAGACAUAUUUUGAGUGGCAAGUGCUAGCUAAUCUUGAGUGACUGAUGUUGUUUUAAAAAUUCAUCUCGAAAGAAACUGGAGAAAAAAGCUUGAAUUGUGUUAAGAACUCAUAAAUAACAAAUAGUGUUCAGUGGCAAAAAAAAACCUAGAUUGUGACAGCUUAUCUGAAAUAAGCUUCCUUGGUUAGAACUCUUCACAAAUAUAUGUAAGAAAGGAGGGAAUUACUCUGAAACAUAAUCUGUUAGUCCUGUCUUAACACUGAAGUGCUGCUGUUGCAAAAUAAUGGGAUUUUCACCAUAUCUUAGUAUAAUCUACAAAUAACUUUGGCCAAAAAUAUUCUUCCCAAUAAUACCUAAAAUACUUUUAUUACAAAUAUGGAAGUUAUAUUGUAUUUAGUAUAUAUUUUAUAAUUCUACAAGAAUCCUGUCCCAUCAGUUUUGUCACUUUUAAGGAGGUAGGUUACGUUCAUAUUUGUAUGUGCGCAUGUCCAACCGGAAGCUAACGUGACGAUUUACGACGACGUUUACGACAAAUUAAAUGUGUUUGUAUAUUCAUUCUCCUGAAAACAAAUCAUGAACCUGCUUCCAGUCUGAUACUUUAUGGUUUAAUAAUGCAGAAAUAAUGAAUCAACUGCCGCAGAAACGCUUCAAAACAAUGUUGCUAUAAAAUGACGUCAUUGACGUCAUGACGUUACGUGUCAGUUACCGCGAAAUUAAUAGCUUUUAUCUUGAAAGUACGUAAUUCUGUGCAUUUUCUUUAUUUUAACUAUCUUCAAAUAACAAAUAUUUGCUGAAAUAUUUGUUAUGAAUCUUUUGCUCUGAAUAAUCAACAUUUUGCUUCUUUUAUGUAGUUAUAUUGAAACGUUAUGCGGAUUGUAAGAAAAUGGAUGAUGGUAACCAAUAUUAUCUGGAAUAUAGUUGGAUGAAAGGUUACUUGUAACGGCCAUUUUCAAAUAAAAAAUCUAGCAGUUUGAUUUGUAAUACCUAUUUUUCAGGUUCCGUUGAUAAUUUGUUACUUAUAUACUAAAAUAAGAUCUAAAACUGUUCAAAUUUCAGUAGAAAAAUGUAGUUCCUUAAAUUUAAUUGAUGUUACCAUGGAAACGAAGCCCGUGACCUAUGUAUCUAAAUGUAAAAUUCAAAAGCGUUGACACUGGUCUAUUUAAGAAACACAACUUCGGCUUUUUAUUUUCAUUUCAACAAUAUCCAUUAGAAUAAUAUCAGCAUGCUGAACGAUUUUUCCAUGAAAAAUGCCAGGCGAGGGGUACUGCCGUAUGUAUUCUAAGCUGUGAAAUUUGUUUGAAUCAAUGCAAAUAACAAGAAAAUAUAACUUACGUUAGAAAUAAUAUGUUUUAAAGCUACAUUAACUAGAAAGAUAAUCUUAUUCAAUAUUUUUUUAUAAGAAAUUACGACAAAAAGCAAGAUAUAAGCUAUUUUAAACAUCUCUGUUGCCAUGGUUACUGUAAACGUUAAGAAUAAUAGGGUACCAUGUAAAGUGCAUGGUAUUUUGCUAAUAAUAUUUCCCAACUAUUCCAUGUUAGUCAUUAACAGAAUGCCACUUAGGCCGUCGAAAACGCCUAUUUUUAUACAUAGUUGUUUAAAAAUGAGAGAAAAUGCGUUACCAUGGAAACACGAGCCCCGCGACAUAUGCAUUUAAAGCUUAUAUUAGAAAGCUAACGUGCAUACUAGUAAAAUUAUCAAUUAUGCAGACUUCUACGGAUAUCAAUGAAACUAAAAUACACUGAAAAGUGUUAAAUAUCCGUAUUUUCCUUCUUCUUUUAAUAUGAAAUAUCUUUAGAGGGUCAUGUUCUUCAAACCUAGAUAAAAAUUGAAUUUGAAGGGGCAGAGACAAACGAAAUUGAGAUUGUAGCAGGUCAAACUCCAUAUUACACGAAAUGCAAAAAAAUGCUACGGUUCAACUAACUUGAAUUUAACCUUGUAACAAGGUAACCUACCUCCUUAAUGAAGACUUUUGAUACAAAGUACAGUUGUGUUACAGAGCAUAGAAUUAAAAAGAAAAGAUGUUAGCAAACUUCACCCACCCAGCCUUAAAUUAGAAACACUUGUCCUAACCCCCCUGCAAAAUUUCUCAUGUCUUCCAUGGAAAAUUAAGUUUUGUCAUGAAAUCAUUUUGAAGUAUUUUAAAGCACUAGAAAUACACAGGAAGGUUGCAAGAAGUAAAACACAAGAGGAUUUUCAGAGUGGGUGUAUGGAAAUUUACUGGCAAACAUUUUUAUUGUGUGUGUAUUUAUUACUAUUUAAGAUAGCAAAAUUAUUUUUUUUUUUCAAAAACUAGCUGAUACCAGUCAGUUUUACAUCUUUUGUACGAUUGGGUUGGUUUAUACAGAUAUGAAAAUAGAUUAUACAGGUGCUUAGUAGUUGGGGCUGGGAGGAGGGGAUUCAAUUGUUCCUCAUCCCAUGUGUCUGCCUUUAAUGGCAGACCUCAUCACAAGGAUUGAGGAAAUAAACCUAUUUUAAGGUUGUAAUACAGUAUGUACAAAUAUUAGUGUUAAAUGAUAUAAAUGGAAUGGGAAACAUCACUUUUGAAGAUAAUUCUUACUCAAAUUGUAUUACGGUCUUGUGUUUUGAAUAAAAUAAAUAUGACCUAA